GUCUUCCAUGUGUGUGGUUGUAACGGACCAAUUGUUGUCCUCCUCCUCUUGCAUGUAGUGAUGAUGAACAACAUUUGUUGAGAGCAGAAAGAGAAUAAUAUGGAAUGCUCCUAUAACAGAGAUUCCAGUCAGCUCACUCAGUGACAGUGGUAGCAGCCCCUCAGCAUCUCGAAGACAGUGGCAACCCCAGCUGGCAGGCUGAAUAACAUACACCUUGCAUGUGUCGUGAUUUGGAAUUUUUUCUGCAGGUACUCAAUCUACCUGUCUUACAGUGAGAUUCAUGGUGCUGUUUUUGUCUAUACAUUUAUUUUCGGGAAUUUUACCAUCGCUCACUUGUCAAGGGCUUGUUCUGACAGCUUUGGGCAGGGGAAAGUGAGAAAUUUUUACCUUUUCGGAGAAACCAGCCGCCAGAGACAAUAUGCUCCUCUAAAUGAAGCUGAUAAUUAGGAUGUAAUUAGCAUCAGCUAGCACCUGUUUCAUAUUCAUUCUGAAGGCAGAACUUUGGGAGGAAGCUUACCAGUCCUUCUAUCAGGCAGAUGAAAAGAAUUCAUUAAUGGCACUUGGAGUUUGUUGCUGAUUAAAUUAAGCAGUUACAAGGAGCAUUACAGGUUUUUAUGAGAGAAAGUUAUGAAUCUAUUUCGGGGUACAAAUUUUUUUUAAUCACAAGAAGAUCUACACAUCAUUCUGACAGUUUGAUACUUUUCUUGUAGUUGUAAAGACUCGGAAAUCACAUUUAUCUGCGGAAUAAAAUAUCUCGCUAUCUAUCAGUACUCUAGAUAUUUCCAUUAAAUUUGUUGAUAAACUUCUGGGAUCUGGAACUUAUAGAUUUACGAUUUUUCACGGGAGUAGGUCUGCUUCUGACAUCACAUAUCCAUCUCCUAUAGAUGUUGCUCUUUUAUUCGUGUUUCGAUCUUGCUGCUGUUUGAUUGCUCCCCGUGCCUCUGUUUGCUGGGAAGGGGUGUCCGGGCGAAGGUGAUAAGUCAGAUCCUGUAUCGGCCUGUUUCCUGCAUUAUUAACCCUUUUGAUGAAUCUUUCUCCAGAUUGAACUGAAAAAAUGAGGCGGUGAUAGAUGAGAUUACAAGCCUCUUUCGAUGGUUGAAUUUAUUACUGGAACACUUUUUGAAAUUAUUUCGGGAACUUGGAAUAGAAACGGAUUUAGUGCUCAAAGAUUCCAAAAACAGAUCUCUCAGUAAAGUGCUGGAAUAUAAUUAAAUCAGAGUAUUUAAAGAUAGAAAAUUAUUGGAAGCCGACUGUUCUGAAGGUGUUGUAUGCUUAUCAUAGAGGACUUUGGAUUAUGUUUUGUAAGAUAACAUCAAUUAUCAUUCCCUUUAUCUUUUGGGGGGAAGAGAAAUAUGGAAGAUGGUGUAGUGGAGCUCUGGAGUCAGUGUUUAUAUAACUACCAGACUACACUCUCUAUGAAAUAGGGAGGAAUAUCUGAUGCACCUUUGUAGACUCAUUAUGUAAGAGGCAGACGGCAGCAGAAACCAAUUCUCAAUCUGUUAUUUUUGUUGAAGGAUACUGAUAUAUUUUGUGGAGGAUUACUAUCUGUGGAAUUUUGGUGCUCACUUGUUUUUCUAUUUUUCAAAACAUUUCCAAUGAAAAUCAUGUCUUGGAUGUCCUCGUUUGUUUCUGGUUCAGAAAGCACCAGAAGCCGACCUCCAACUCCGGAUUUUCCUGUAGUGUUACCAGCAAACUUAUCCGGACCUAAUAGCCUGUCCGCUCCUCAGAAUGGGAGACAGCAUGUGUCCGCACCAAGUACACCAACUGAGAUCAGUUCCCUGACCAGACAGAAUUCUCUACCCCCUGUCCAUGGCCAGGGACCCCAAGUUAUAUCUGUCAACAGACAGAACACAAUUCCAAGAACUGGACAGAGACCGGUGAUACAGAAUGGGAUCAUCAGAGUUCGUGGAAGAUCUUCCACCCCUGAUAGAAUGCCGCCUGGAAUUCCUCCAGCACCUGUGACCCCUCCUCCUGGAUACUCCCCCACACAUACUAUGCAGACAGUGCCACCCUCCCCACGGGCAGUGAGGAGGGGGAUCAAAGUUCUCCCAGGAAGCCCCGGGGUGGGGAGGCGACCUCCUACCCCCGACGAGUCUGUCAUACAGGAUCUGUCCUGGCUUGAGCAUCACUCUGUGUGGACUGACAGGCAAGAUUAUAAAAAGGAACAACCCAUCUUCACAACGAAGGCCCAUGUGUUCCAGAUAGAUCCAGAGACCAAGAAGAACUGGAUCCCGGCCAGUAAGAGUGCCGUCAGCGUCUCCUACUACUAUGACACCACACGGAAUACUUAUCGCAUCAUCAGUGUCGAUGGAUCCAAGGCCAUUGUCAACAGUACCAUCACCCCCGGGAUGACCUUCACAAAAACGUCCCAGAAGUUUGGCCAGUGGUCCGACCCCAGGGCUAACACUGUGUACGGACUGGGAUUCUCCUCGGAGCAAGAUCUACAGAAGUUUAUAGAAAAGUUCAAAGAAGUCAAAGAAAUGACCCGACAGGUGGUCAACCAGACACCACCCAUUCCCCCGUCAACCAAUCAGAACUCUACCUCACAGGUGAAUGGGAAUGAGGAGUCCCACUCCUCCUCCUCCAAGCACGCAAACUCCUCUCAACCAAGACAAUUCUUGCAUCACAGAAGCUCUAGCUUGUCUGCCAUGCAGGGCUCAGAUACAUCUAGUAAACAGGAUGCCAAUUUGAGAGAGAGGAGAAACUCUUUCAACAGCUCACCUAACAACAGCUCCAACAAUGCUUCCGAAAGUCAACUGAAAUACGAGAAUGAUCGACUCAAAUUAGCCUUAGCUCAAAGUUCAACCAAUGCCAAAAAAUGGGAAGUAGAAUUACAGACCCUGAAGAACAACAACUCGCGGCUUACGGCGGCGCUACAGGAAAGCACCACAAACGUGGAGGAGUGGAAGAAACAACUUGCGGCGUACAAAGAGGAGAGUGCCAAAAUGAAGAAAAAGAUUGUGGAACUGGAGAAGCGACAGAGUGGCUCAGAACAAGUAGCAGCUCUACAGACCGAGUUACAACAGCUGACAGAGAGACUCGAGCGAGUGCAACUCGAUAACCAAGACAAACAAGAUGAGAUUAAUCAGCUGAGUCUUCGAAUGAGUGAGCUCUCAGCCAGAGAGACACAAAGCUCGACUUUACAAAGCAGAUGCAAGAAACUGGAAGAUGAGAAUGAUCAUUUAAAGUUAAAGGUAGAAGAUCUACAGAGACAAUUAACGGAAAGAAACAUGUCACAUGACCAAGAAAACUCGGAGCUGCUUCGGCUGGAAGAUCAGUUAGGCAGCAAAGUGACGGAACUGUACGAAAUCCACGAGCAAAUUAUAUCACUAAUUCGUAAAGAAUCUAACAGCUGAUAGCUGAUACCCUCUCUAGCUAUAAUCCCAUGUGUAUCCACACAAUAUCUAUUUUUUCCCCCAAGAAAUGGAAGAGCCGACUAGAGUUUCUAAAGGCAAAGCAGGAGGGGAGACAUUUCUGAGUAAGGAAGUGAUGAAUAGUUGUAAUGGCUCUUGCCAUUCAAAGAGGUCUUUUUUCCAGAGAGAAAAAAAGAUUUGUGAAAUUGGUAGAAAAUGAGAGAAAUGUAUCUACUGGUUCUUUCGAAGGCAUUUACUGUACAAAGGUCAUGGAAAUAUCGAGAUAAUCCAAUUAAAAGAAGUCAAUUUUAAAGUCGUUUUACUUUGCAUCAUUGAAACUCAUUUAAUGUAUCUUACUACAAGUCUGUGGUAUUUAUUAAGAUCUGCAAGAUUGAAUUUAUAUGAGUGACAGUGUAUUUUUAUCUCUGUUGUAUGAAAAAAACAUGUGUCAAGCAUUAUUUGCCAAGCUGAUGUAUACAAAACUCUUAUAAUUUAUUGUGGUUUUACAUGUAUGCGUUUUUUCCUUAGAUGUUUCAAUGGUUGUGUCGUAUUUCGAAUUGCCGCAUUGUAAAUUAAGGGCAGCAGUAUAUAAGAAGUCUCUUCUUUAUUUUCUAAUCUUAGUUGUGUUGUGAGCCUAUCAAUUUCAGGGCUUGGAAUUUUUCACAGGAAUUCUUCCAUUUCCUCUGGUGCUUGUCAACUAUGAUCUGUUCACGUCCAGAUAUCAAGCAUCGUUGCAAAAAACCCUUAGCUUGUGACGAUAGAUAUCAAGAUCUGAUUGUUGUGUUCUCUUGCUUUUUGAAAUUGUCCAUUUUUGGGGGGGUUGUGUUUUUUAAAAAGUUUCUUCACGUUGGUUUUUUGUUUUUUUUAGUCUUUUCAGAGUUAUACGUUGCUUAGGUUUGUUUUUAAUGUUGAUCAACUUUUAUCUUAUAUUGAAUUUUAAAACACUUAAUUUUAAAUCAUAUCAUUUAAUAAUAGAAGUUUUUAUGUAGAACAAUAAGUACUUAUGCAAAAGAUUAUAUAUAUCUAUCAAAGCCACUAUGCAAGUCCAUUAGUUUACUUGAUUAUAUCUGUGCCUUUCCUUGAAUAUCUAGCAUUUUCUUUGAUUUGGGAUACAAAUAGUACCUUAUAUAAACAAUUAUAAUAUAGAACUUGUACACACGCCUUAUCCGUCCAAACAACUAACAUGGCUUCCUAAAGGUGAAGGGAUUUAAAAUACUAAUGUUUUUCAUAUAUCUAGUCCAGCUAAAUGAUGUCGUUAGCUUUGCUCUCUGUAUUUAUUAGUUAGAGUGGUCACAUUUAUGGGAACCAGAUACCCAAACUAUCCAUUUUUUAAAUAAUGAAAAGAAAUAUUUGUCUUUAAAGGACAAUCACUGGUUUUUCUGUCCAUCUUGUAUGUACAAUCUUAUUUCCUAUCGCUUUUUAGUACUUUUUAAUAAUGUUAAAGUAAAAGUCAAGGGGUCCAAACAUUUUUUGGCAGAAUAAGGAUCAAAGUUGUCACUUUGGGACUUAAUAAUGAUAUGUUCCUCAGUUUGGAUAAUUUGAUCAUAAGAAGUAAAAGUCUUUCUGUGAACUUGCUAACUUCUUGAAUUUAUUUUACCUUCCCCAAGCAGACACACAACGACAAGAUUUUUGUAUUUGGUUCCUAGUGAAAUGUUCUAUUCUGUUUUAAAAGUUGUCUCACUGUUAUGUGUACAAUGUAAUUUAAUGUUAAUCACUAUAUGGUCUUUUUUUCACAGUUUAUACAUGUAGCUAUAUUUAAAGUGUAUCUAUAUGACAUUGUGUGCUUCUAAUAUACAGACACAUCAGUUUUUGCAUCGUUGUGAAACCUUCUUGGUAAAAUUGUGAAACCAAAGAAUAAUAUAUUUUAGAAUUUUAUCUGUACCAGUUGAUAUUAACCAAAACCAAUGCUUAGAUGUGGGUACUUCUUGAAUAGUGUAGUAUGUUGGGAGAAAUUAGGGGAGUGGUCUUAUAACUCAGGGAGACUCAGUGCAGUUCUAAUGUACAAAUUUUUGAAGGAUAAAGCCCACAUAACUUGAACAAAGAAAUAGUUAUUUACUUCUUAUUGGUAAAUUAAUUUUAAAAAGUUAAUAAAUACAUGUACAUGUAAUUUAUUUUUCAAACUGACAGCUUUCAAGGUUGUAAGUUUCCUUUAUUUGCCUUGUUCUUUAACCCGUUGUCAUUAUUAUGAAGUUGUUUUAUUUGAUUAAUUUGCCAUCAUCACUAAUAUAUGCAAUAUUAUACAUAUACAUGUAUAAGAAAUAUAUAUACUCAUUGAUGAAAAUGAAUAAAAACAAAAAACUCAUA